AUGCGUCUGAGAGGAACAAGGCUUGCCCAGCAAGUAGCCUGGAGCACCGUCCUUCAACGACGUGGGUACUCGACCAAGAACAAGAUGCAGGCUUCUACUAGGGUUGGUACAGCCCUGGCCGAGGGUCGCCAGUCGCUGGGAAUGUGGCAGAUGAUCCCGGGGGCAAAUGUGUCUAGGUUGCUGGCUAGGUCGGGCGUGGACUGGGUAUGCAUCGACUGCGAGCACGGAAACAUAGAUGAUUCUGCAAUGCAUGAUGCUGUGCCUGCUGUUGCGGCUCUGGGUGUAUCCCCCAUCGUCAGGAUACCCGAUAUGCAAGGGUGGAUGGUGAAGCGGGCCCUUGACAGCGGUGCACACGGAAUCAUUGUGCCCCUCCUGAGGACAGUCGAGGACGCCAAGCAAAUCGUCCAGGCGGCCAAGUUCCCCCCCAUCGGCCGUCGAGGUUUCGGCUCGCCCAUUGCCAUGGAACGCUUUGACCCCGUCCCCACAUUCACGCAGUAUCUCCGUGGAGCGAAUGAUUCGAUCCUGACCAUUGUGCAGAUUGAGACGCAGGAGGCUCUCAGCUCGGUGGAUGAUAUUGCUGCUGUGGAGGGAAUCGAUGUGCUCUUUAUCGGUCCAUUUGAUCUAGGUAACAAUAUCGGCCACCCCAUCAUCGACGGUGUCAUCCCCCAACAAGUCAGCGAUGCGCUGGUCAAGGUCCAGCAUGCCUGCCGCAAGGCCGGUAAGAAGAGCGGCAUCUACGCCACGGGCCCUGAGCAGGCGAGGCAGUUUGCCGAGAAGGGGUUCGAAUUCAUCAGCGUCGCGACGGACUAUACUACGCUCGAGUUUACGCUCAAAGAGUCGUUUAGCGUCGCGAGUCGCACGCCUGCUCCGGCCAAGGGAAAGUCAUACUAG